UCUAGUCCUGCUGAAGCCUAUGAGAAGCCUUGCUCGUAGAAUUAGUUCACAGCAAUGUCAGGAGAAACGGCACCAGAGAUGACUUCCGAAACUAAGGCAGAGGAAGGUGUGGUCCCCGACCCCCCAAAGACACCUCAAAUGAGGGCUAUCACCUUGACGGGAUUUGGGGGUCUCAAGAUGCUGAAGACUGUGCAGAGGGAUGAAGCCAGUGUGAAGGAAGGCGAAAUUCUCAUCCGAGUGAAAGCCUGUGGCCUGAACUUCCUUGACUUGAUGGCGAGACAGGGCGUCAUUGACAACCCUCCGAAAACUCCAAUGACCAUCGGGUUCGAAUGUUCUGGCGAGGUGGAAGCGCUCGGGCCAAAUGCUAGUGGAUUUGAAGUUGGUGACCGUGUGAUCGGGUUUUGUGACUAUGAAGCUUGGGCAGAGCUAGUCGCCAUUUCCGCUCACUUUGUCUACAAGAUGCCGGACAAGAUGAGUUUCCAGGAUGGUGCUGCACUAGCCAUGAACUACAUGGCGGCUUACAUGAUGCUGUUCGACAUAGGAAACUUGAGGCCUGGGAAUUCCGUCUUUUGUCAUUCCGUUGGAGGUGGCAUAGGACAGGCGAUCUCCCAAUUGUGUCGGACAGUGGAUAACGUCACUCUGUAUGGCACGGCAUCCUACUACAAACUGGAGUCGGUCAAGGACAACGUCACUCACUUGUUUGACAGAGUUGUGGAUUACGGCCAGGAGAUUCGAAAACUGUCCCCAGAAGGGGUAGACAUUGUCCUGGAUUGUCUCUGUGGGGACGACACCAAUAAGGGGAUAUCUCUGCUGAAACCCAUGGGCAAAUACGUUUUAUAUGGGUCAUCCAAUGUUGUGACGGGUGAAACCAAAAGCUUCUUUAGUUUUGCCAAAUCUUGGUGGCAGGUCGAUAAAAUCAGCCCCAUCAAGUUGUAUGACGAGAACAAGAGUAUAGCAGGCUUCCAGUUACGAGAGCUCGUGUUCAGACAAGGUCAACACGAGUACGCCCGUAAAGUGAUGAACCGCCUCAUACAGCUGUACUCGGAGGGAAAGAUCCGCCCUAGGAUCGACUCGGCCUGGGCCUUCGAGGAUGUGGGUGAUGCCAUGCAGAAAGUUCAUGACAGGAAAAAUAUUGGAAAAAUUAUUCUAGAUCCAAGUUUGGAACCUAAAGUCAAGCCAGUAGUACAAGGUCAAGUUCGGACCCACACUGACAGUUCAUGUAGUGAUGACAAGGAACCAGUGGCCAAUGGAGAGUAGAGUGAUGUUUGCAGGAGUGCGACUGUUUUUGGAGGCCAUGGCACCACACCAGUGGUACAGCCAUAAUCAAGAGUAAAACCUGUGACCUUGGGUGUGAAUAACAGGUGCAUGAAGGUCAUAUUCACAAUUCCUUAUAAUGCUGCAUGUGGAACUGCUGAACACACUCCAGGAAAACCAAACUGUAGCCAUGGUAUUACUAAACAGAACCCCUGUCACCUCCAAAGUCUGUUUACGAUAGCCAUGUAUUCACAAUGUAAAGUUGAAUUGCAUCUAAAGAUUAAAUAUAGUGUUUAGUGAUAGGGCUACAUUUAGUGAUUAAUUAGAUCAACGUGUGAGUAUAAGGGAAACAUUUAGUGGUUUAUAGAUGAAAUUCAUGAAAAACUUGUUGACUGGUAGAUUAAUAUGCUUGACAACAUUCCAAUAGAAAGACUAUAGUUAAUAUAUAAUAUAUCUGGAUGAUUAGCUAUAGGACAUUGUCAUGCAGUAGUAGUACACUUUUCUGUUAUACUGUAUGAAAACCUCCAUUAAAUAUAGUGCCCUGUACAUUACAUAUCCCCGACAAGCUUAAGACACCCUGAGAACAUUGUGUAAUUAUAGACUUGGUAUUAAGGACUCCAUUAAAUACAGUGUCCUGUACGUUACAUAUCCCCGACAAGCUUACGGCACCCUGAGAACAUUGUGUAAUCAUAGACUUGGUAUUAAGGACUAGUUCUGUAUUAGAUAUCUAGAAACAAACUAUAUAUCAACCAUUAAACAUUUGCUGACAGAAAUGUCUCAGAAUAUAACCCGAGGCAAAAUUGUCAGCAUUUUAAGCACCCCUUUAUCUUAUUAUCAUAUUACAAAUGAUCUUUAUCAUCAAAGAAACUUUUCAAUAAUUUUGCCACAAUCCCCUGCAAAUUUUAAUACUGAAAAAAACCAUGAUUAUUCUUAUUAAUGUUAAACAACUAGGAUUUGGAUGGUUCACAUGAACACACCUUCUCUUCAUUCAAAAUCCCUAAAAUCCAUAUUGUUAUACAUAUAUUCCUGAAACUGUCAAAAACUGUGGAAAUGAGUUCAUUUGUAUAUUUUAUUGUUCUUUAUUGACAGGAGUUAUUUCCCCUUACAUUAACAAUCAAGAGUUAUUUCCCUUUAUACCAUAAAAAAACAGGCUUAUAGAAACCUCUUUGGUUGAAUAAAAAGACAAAGCAAUCAUACCAUGUCCAAACUAAAUCAAGACCAUAUGUUAAAACUGCAGCUUUUAAGAUUAGCCAAAAGACAUUACUUAGAUUGAUUCAUGUUAAUAUAUGCAUUGUGGGAACGGAGUGAAGCUGAGUGACGGUAUAACCAUAUCCUGGUUAACUGUAACAGAGCGAGUGAGUGAAUUCAUGAAAAUGAUUACAAAUGCUGUUUCAUAAUUAUCCACCUGUUAUUAUUGUUAGAUUGUGGUAUUACAAAGCUCGUCCUUAAAUGGUGAUGAAUCUCCAAAUACAGCAUGAUCCUUAGAAGUCCUUAGAGAAUUCCUGCUAUUCACAAAUUUUUGACAUACAAAUUGUUCACAUCAGAAUUUCACAGUUAAACCCAGCAAGUGUAACACUCAAAUAAAAAAUUAAUUUCCUACCAAUUGACUACUUACAAUUGUGACCGGAACAUUAAAUUUUAAGUUGACUGUUAACUCAUUCACCCCUGAAGACACAUUUGAACUCUUCCAAUUCAAAGGUUGGAUUUAGUUCAUUAUGAAAUUUCAGGGGUGAAUGAGUUAACUAGGUUGUUGCUUCCAAAGAGAACUCCAGGUGAAAGACCGGACAACAGCCAGAACAAACCUUGUGUGGUUCCGAAUACAUUAACCUUUACUUCAUAUUCUGUAUUUUUCAUAACUUAUGAGAAACUUCAAACUUUUUCGAAAUAGACUGAUAAACAGAAUUGCGUUGAUUGUGACUUAUAUCAUUUAAGGAUGAGGUUAUGCUAUACAACAUAUUUAGGUAGUUAUAUGUGCUAUUCAUAGGCUAGAAUCUCAGGCCGUUGUUAUUUAUUUUGUAAAGUUUAUAUAUUGUUUUCAAACAUGGUUAGUGACCACUUUGAUUUAAAUGAUUUGUUGUGAUAACUGAAAGUUAGAGGACUAUUUUUAGAAUCGUUAUAUAUAUGAUGUUUAAUGAAUAGAAAAAAAUAUUGUGUCUAAAGUAAAUCAAAUCUAAGACACUAAUUAAAGGUAUUUUACACAACAUUGGUAAACUUGGGAUUCAUGACGGAAUGUCUGAAAUUACCAUGCAAUGUUAACUAAUUUGUGUGUCCCUUGCCACAAUGUACACACUCUGAAACCACUUUCUUCAAUUUAUCUGUCAGUACAUAGGUACAAGUUUAUUUUGAUUGAAGGAUUUUUUUUUGAUUUUUUUAAAUGCACUUAAUUCAUGGAAUAUUGAAAAAUUGAAGCUUUUACAAAACUACUUUUAUGCUUAUUUAAUACAUAUUUACUCCCAGCAUACAUUACUAUCUACCUGCCUUGUAACUUAACUUCUAAUCUAGCAAUUCCAAAUUCCUGUAGUAUUGCUCUACAUCUAUAGAUUACUGCUAAUAUUAUUUUUAGAGUUAAUACCUCGUUCGCACGAGAUAAAAAUAAUAUCAGCAUGUCUUGAAAGGGGCUCUGUAGUUAUCCAAUAUCUGUGUUUCAGUAUGUUUUAUCUUACAUGACAUUGCUUUAUUCCAUUCUUUUUUGUCACGAUACUUAGCUUACAUGUAUGAGCUAAGAGAUGUUUGUACUAGCAGAAUCCUUAACCACACCUUGUGAUCACAGGGGCCUGUAACAGCAGUAUCCUUAUCCAAAUCUUGUGAUCACAGGGGCCUGUAACAUCGGUAUCCUUCUCCACACCUUGUGAUCACAGGGGCCUGUAACAGCAGUAUCCAAAUCUGGUGAUCACAGGGGCCUGUAACAAUAGUAUCCUUAUCCACACCUUGUGAUCACAGGGGCCUGUAACAGCAGUAUCCCUAUCCACACAAUUCUUGUCGCAAGAAUAACACUACAGUGCUAAUGUUAUUAUGUUACAUUUGUACAUGUAUAUGCGACGUUAAAUAAAGCUUCUUGACCUUGUGAUCACAUUGGGCUUGUAACAUCAGAUUCUCAACCACACUUUGUGAUCACGGGGACUUGUAACAUCAGAGUCCCUAUCCACACCUUGUGAUCACAGGGGCUUGUUACAGCAGUAUCCCUAUCCACACUUUGUGAUCAGAGGGGCUUGUAACAUCAGAAUCCACAACCAUACUUUGUGAUCACAGGAGCUUGUAACAUCAGAAUCCCUAUCCACACCUUGUGAUCACAGGGGCUUGUAACAUCAGAAUCCACAACCACACUUUGUGAUCACAGGGGCUUGUAACAUCAGAAUCCCUAUCCACACCUUGUGAUUACAUCAGAAUCAUUAAUCAUAGCAUUGAGCACAGGGGCUUACUACCCAAGAUUAAACAAGUAACCCUUUGGCAUAGUGGUAAAUGGGAGCAAAGCACAGAGUUUAUGCAAAGGUGCUGGUAUCAAUUUAAAUAUUAUGGACAAGUGAAUCAAUGUUAUUACUGCUGAUAUUGUGUACACUAUUGAGGAUGUGAUUUGCCAAGCAAGCUAUCUUCUGAAUCGUCACCCAAUUCUUGUAUUGUUUUUUAAGCCCCACGUCACCUAAUCUAACGAUUCAGUAUUGGGCAAUUUUGUCCGAUUUAUAAGAUUCUUUGUUAUCUGUUGACAUGCCACAGUGACAAUAUAUUACCAUCGGCUGAUCAAACCCGACAUACACCUGGAAAAUCACCGGAUAAAAUGUGACAUGUGACAUGGAACGCUGAUACUGUAACUAAUUAAAAUGCACUUUGUGAUAGAAUUAUUUCCUAAUUAGACUUUCCCAGACAUUGUCAACCCAUCAAUGCAAUCAACCAAUUAACUGUUAUUUAUUAAAAUGUUUAUGUUUUGUUAGCAUCUGUAAGCAAAUUACUGUUGAUAUCAUUUAAAUACUAUUUACUCUAGAAUGUAUUAUGAUGUAGAUUAUGUAUAUAUAUAUAUCAUGCUUGUUUACCUUCAAACUUAACAACUGUGAAGUGUGGUUAUGACCGGUAAACCUUGUGUGAAGGACAUUAUUGUAAUUAGAAGGAAAUCAAGAUUGUGUGAUAAUUGCAAUACAAGACAAUUGUGAAGAUCAUGUGAUAACUGUAAAGGAAAAAAUGGGAGGAUUGUUUGGUGUGAACAACACAUGAGUGUAGAAUGUGUUGGUAUUUACGAUUUUAUCAUGAUGUAACAGUUUCACACUGGUUAGAAUGCAAUCCAGCCAUGUGUAGUUUAAAGGUCAAAGUUUAAAAGUUCACUUCCCUUAAUGUUUGUCCAGUCACCUGUCUGUCAUCAAAUGGAAAUAAAAGUUGUAUUUUGAA